GACUCACAUCAUCUAGACGAGAGUGAGGCAAUUCUUCGCUCUAAGAACGCUGUCUCUUAGAGUAACGUUGCACUUCCUGAACGUUCAUAACGCAACUGUCGGUUUUGUAAAGCUCCUCUGACCUUCUGCAUAACCAUCCGCGCCAGUGCUGCGCUAGACCUAUUUUGGGCUUGGAACCGCCUUUGCCGCAGCUGCAGUGCUUUAGAGACUCCACUUGUUCUUGGACCUCGUAUAGUCUCUUAAAGGCCCCUCAAUCGUCUAUGAAACAACCACUUUGACUUCCAACGACAUGUUCAGAAGUGCCACUACCAGAAUUGCCCAUAGCUCUACGAUUCCCUCCCUGGGAGGGAAUUUGAAUAAGGAUCUCCGAGCUCUUCAAGAGCUCAUCAUUGCCGAGAAAUCGGUGCUUCAUUCAUUACAGAAAUUAAGCACAGAUGUCGCAAAGUCAGCAGAAGCGUUCAGGCAUUGGGGAUCAGGAGAAGGAGAGGACCUCGCGGAUAUCUCGACCGGUGCAGAAGCGCUGUUGGUUCACUUCACCUCUGCUCUGUCCCGGUAUGCGUACCUUGAAGAGUCUAUUCGUGAACAGAUGAAGGCAAUUCGGACCCGCGAGGAACAGCUAGAUGACCUGAAGCGUCGUCGGAAGGUGGUCGCUUCGAAAGCAGAUGCGGCAGAGAGGAAGCUAAGCAGGAUGAACCCAGAGAACAAGAACUUGCAAUCGCAGUCGGAUGCUCUUACCAAGUUGCGAGAUGAAAUGCGAAUCAUGGACACCGAGAUCAUGCAUGAAGAAGCCAAUCUUGGAGAUUUCAAGCGUUAUGCUGUCAAGACCUGGAUGGGUCUGAAGUUCGGCGGCUUACAGGAGUGUUGUCAGAAGGGAGUGAUUGUUGGAGAACUUGGCAAGCUUGUGAUUGCCGAGAUCCCAAUUUCACAGACACAACCAGGCUUACCACGACCCUACUAUGCUGGACAUCCUCGUACCGAGUUCCUUGUCGCUGAAGCCAAUCGAGUCAUUCAAGAAGUGCCGUUCUCUCCCGAACCAAACCAGGGUGUUCCCUCUCUAAAUCUUGCACGUUAUCCUAGCCCAGAAUUCACUUCUGUACAACAGUCCCCCCAUGCACCAUUCCAACCACAACCACAAUCCCCGCGACCUCUGUCUGUGCAAUACACUGGUGCUGCUGAGGCCGGUGAUAGUACCUAUCCCGCUCAAAUGCCAAUGUCUCCACAAGAAGCUCCAAUGACCGUUUCUCGCAACGGUCAGGGUCCUGCAUUUGGGUCCUCUUCUUUUGUUGGAUUACCACAGGUGACUCCUCAGACACCCGCAUCAGACUUUGGUCUUGGUUCUUUCCUGAACCAGGGACAAGGGAGUCCUCAUGUUGGGGAGAAGAUGCCUGAGAUGAACGAGUUUGGCGCAUACAAUGCACCCAGUUCGUAUGCUCCGCGCACAAGUUCUAUGAACAACUUGGUCAAUAGAGAAAGCGCUUCGUCUAUGUCAUCUCCUAUUGAAGCACCAGGAGGUCCUCGUGGUGGUAGAUUUGCUACGUUCCCUGUCAAGGGAGGUCCUCGACCUCAACCCGGCACUUCUCCAUCUGUAUCGUCCGCACCGUUGCCUCCAAUAAUGGGCGAUAGACCUCCUUCUAUCGAUGUACAUCGUAAUCAUGAGGAAUCCUUCUCGUCGAGUAUUGCUGAAGCACUAGGACAACAAUGGGGUUCGAGCGGACCUUCUGCUCAGCAACAAGAAGAUCAUCGUCCAACACCGAUUGAUUCAAAGAAGGCAGCGGCAUUGGAGGAUGAACAUAGGUCAUUCAAUUCACCUCCGCCAAUGUACACACCAGAAGUACCUUCUGCGCAUCCCGAGACCAGUACGCAUACAUCUGGGCCUAUCCCACAGGGUCAUACUGAGGCUGAGGAGGUCCAACUAGCUUACAUGUCCAACCCGGACGACAGUGAAGGAGAGAGUCCUGAUAAUGCUCCGGAUCGGGGAGAUCGCAGGGUCCGUUUUGGAAGUGUGCGAGAUGUCGAUGAAGAGAUGGGGAAACGGGAGGUGGAGCAGCACGAAGCAGCAACGGCUCAGCAUCCUCCUGCCCAGCAAGUCGCUGAUAUUCAGAAUGCCCGUCCCCCGUCGCAAACAACGCAGUCUGAAUCGUAUUUUACCAAUGUUCCUGCAUCUUCGCCGGCUCCCCCGGUGGUCGUUGCCCAUCGACCACAAACGCCCUCCACGGAUGAAAACCACACGGACGAGCAGAAGGCUUUGAACGCUGCGGUUGCUCGCGAAGUUUCCCGUGAGCUUGAUGCGUUGAUGUUCUCUUCUCCUAUCGCACCUCAUCCCCCACCACCAGCCAUAGACCGCACACCUUCCCCACUCCAGCCUCCCCAGCCUCCAUUCGCGCGCAGCGCAGUAUCGCCGAGACCGGAAGGUUAUCCACCAUCACAAUCACCUCCUCCUUCCAAUCGCCGUGACUCAAUGAUGAGCCCUUUGAGUCCGAGAAACGAACCUCAGUAUGUAAGAGAACGAGAUCGUAGUUUACCUUCAAGUCCGUCACAGACAAAUACCUCGUAUGGAAGUCCUGGGCACGAGAGUCCAUUACAGUCUCCACCAAGUAUAAGCCUCCCAGACCGCCCGUCACCGUCUGCAUCUACAGGCACGCCAUUCCGCACGCCUCCAGAAUAUCCGAGUGGCGGUUCUGGUUCCAUGUACAAUAUGUCCGCAUCGACAGGAUCUGCCUCGUCGUUCACUCCGGGUGUUGGCGGGAAGAUCUCAGCGGCAGCGUUCAAACGGCAGAUACGUCAGCCUGGGAGUAUGUCACCAGAGAUGGGUGGCGGAGACUCGUUAGGAGAUACUAAUCCGCUCUCGGUGAGGAAACGACCUUUACCGGGCUCCCCCUACCCUUCUCAACGCCUGGUUCCUGGUGACCCCAAUCUUGCGAUGCAGCGAGUCCCCUCUGCGCCGCAAUACGGCAAUCCACCACAUGAUUCUGGUGUUGGGUGGCAGCAGCCACGAUCUGUAUCUGCCACUGAUCUAACGCCGACGGACGAUGGACCUGCUGGUCACCAACGUUUGUCUGCUGCGGGUGGGGCUAGUGAUGAUGACUUUGACUAUAUUUCUGCCUAUGUGAAUAAUUCUACGAGUCCUCAGCCUUCGCGUACUUCCGAUUCCAAUGGGCUGCGGUGAUUGUUGUAUUCUGUAUUGUUUUAAAUAAUUUACGCCACGUUACGUAUGGAGUGUCUGACUAUGUAGCCUACUUUUUUUCUUUUCUAUUUAUGUAACGGUGAUCCCCUCCACUCAUGUACUCAGCGAGCUUAAUAUGUUAUUGUUCAAAGAUGCAGCCUUUCGUGUUCUCAAAUCACGCCAAUUUUGUAGAAUGGUCGCUAAAUGACGGUGUGCGUAUACACGGUCAUAUCCACAGGAGUUGAGGUCUGAGAGUUAAAUGUAAACUAGCCACACGUUAUAGUAGAUCUUGACUAGAUUCAUCUUCAACUGUU